CAACACUCACACCACCAAGACAACACUGUCUUAAUGUCUUACUCCAGGGUCACCAUCAUAGCAACACAUCACCAACACAACACUGUCUUAAUGUCUUAUUCCAGGGUCACCAUCAUAGCAACACAUCACCAACACAACACUGUCUUAAUGUCUUAUUCCAGGGUCACCAUCAUAGCAACACAUCACCAACACAACACUGUCUUAAUGUCUUACUCCAGGGUCACCAUCAUAGCAACACAUCACCAACACAACACUGUCUUAAUGUCUUAUUCCAGGGUCACCAUCAUAGCAACACAUCACCAACACAACACUGUCUUAAUGUCUUACUCCAGGCUCACCAUCAUAGCAACACAUCACCAACACAACACUGUCUUAAUGUCUUAUUCCAGGGUCACCGUUACAGCAACAAGACAACACUGUCUCAAUGUCUUAUUCCAGGGUCACCAUCAUAGCAACACAUCACCAACACAACUCUGUCUUAAUGUCUUAUUCCAGGGUCACCAUCAUAGCAACACAUCACCAACACAACACUGUCUUAAUGUCUUAUUCCAGGGUCACCAUCAUAGCAACACAUCACCAACACAACACUGUCUUAAUGUCUUAUUCCAGGGUCACCAUCAUAGCAACACAUCACCAACACAACACUGUCUUAAUGUCUUAUUCCAGGGUUACCAUCAUAGCAACGCAUCACCAACACAACACUGUCUUAAUGUCUUAUUCCAGGGUCACCAUCAUAGCAACACAUCACCAAGACAACACUGUCUCAAUGUCUUAUUCCAGGGUCACCGUUACAGCAACAAGACAACACUGUCUUAAUGUCUUAUUCCAGGGUCACCAUCAUAGCAACACAUCACCAACACAACACUGUCUUAAUGUCUUAUUCCAGGGUCACCAUCAUAGCAACACAUCACCAACACAACACUGUCUUAAUGUCUUAUUCCAGGGUUACCAUCAUAGCAACGCAUCACCAACACAACACUGUCUCAAUGUCUUAUUCCAGGGUUACCAUCAUAGCAACGCAUCACCAACACAACACUGUCUUAAUGUCUUAUUCCAGGGUCACCAUCAUAGCAACACAUCACCAACACAACACUGUCUUAAUGUCUUAUUCCAGGGUUACCAUCAUAGCAACGCAUCACCAACACAACACUGUCUUAAUGUCUUAUUCCAGGGUCACCAUCAUAGCAACGCAUCACCAACACAACACUGUCUUAAUGUCUUAUUCCAGGGUCACCAUCAUAGCAACACAUCACCAAGACAACACUGUCUUAAUGUCUUAUUCCAGGGUCACCGUUACAGCAACACAUCACCAACACAACACUGUCUUAAUGUCUUAUUCCAGGGUCACCAUCAUAGCAACACAUCACCAACACAACACUGUCUUAAUGUCUUAUUCCAGGGUCACCAUCAUAGCAACGCAUCACCAACACAACACUGUCUUAAUGUCUUAUUCCAGGGUCACCAUCAUAGCAACACAUCACCAAGACAACACUGUCUUAAUGUCUUAUUCCAGGGUCACCGUUACAGCAACAAGACAACACUGUCUUAAUGUCUUACUCAAGGGUCACUGUUACACAAAACAUAGCUUGGUUUAGCCUGGUGCUAGAUUUGUUUGUGCCAUCUUGCCAACUCCCAUAGGAGGCUGUCUAGGAAUUGGCAAGGUGGCACAAUAGAUCUGGGACCAGACUACAUGACUCAUACCUAGGAGUUGCAGGGCCUAGAGUUUCUCCUGGUUAGGUCACAUGGUCAGGGAAGUGUCUGAACCACCACCAUGACGUUGUAUGAGAAAGAGACCAUUACUUCAAUAUUGAGACAAUGCAUGUGCUUUUGCCUGCUAUGAGUUGCUGCAGCUGUUUCAAGCAUGCUUUCUCUUUCUCACCUGGCCAUCACCACUUCCUUUUAUAAGUUCUUACAUAAAAUACGUCCUCUCAGUUUAUUCAAGAGCUGUGAGAACUUGAACCUAUAGCCAGAUUCAGAGUAGAAUGGGAUCUGAGUGGAAAAGCUCUGAAAACAUGUCAGUAUUUCCCCUGGUUCACCAGGAGCCCAGGCGGGUAAAGUUGCUCCUAGUCGGCAGAACAGAACGGGGCUCCUAGAUCAGCGCAGCUCUGAAGCCCUCUCUCUCCGUCUCUCCCCCUCCCAAGUCUCAGACAGCACAGAGCAAGGCUAGCACAACCCAAAGCCCAUCUCUCUGACAGAGAUGGUACUUAGACACAUGGACAGAUAUAGAAAUACACACGAAAGACACCAGUGGAUACACACACUUACACAAGACUCACACACAUACACUUAUCUGCACUUGGAACACACACAUACACUUACAUGUACAGUGCAUUCGGAAAGUAUUCAGACCCCUUGACUUUUCCCACAUUUUGUUAUGUUACAGCCUUAUUAAGUCAAGGGGUCUGAAUACUUUCCAAAUGCACCGUACAUACCCAGCACCAUGCUUGUCCAUGGGAAUCUAAAAUAUACAGUGACUGUCCCAAAACAUAAAAGGCAGUUUUUUUCCUGGCAAGCUAUCAUUCUCAUGGGGGGGGUUGGUGGUUAGAUAAAGAUCCUCCCACCCUGACUCUACCAUCCACCCCUACACCGCCAGGGUCGUGACCUUUCUGCCACACAGCCCCACCCAGACAGACGCUGCCAAGCCGGCCCAGAAAAGGCCCACGGUAAAACCACACUUUCUGGGCUUUUAUUUUGGAUCCUAGUUAUGCAACAACCGUCCAUUUCGAGAGAAGCCAGUGAAAUGAAUACUGUUGGAAUGGAGAGAGUGCUUUUUCUCUCUCGUAACUUUCCAAGCAGGCAAUUUGAAAGGAGACCCUUAGCGAAGCUGCUCUUCUUCUAGCUCUGAAAAUAAACCCCAAUUAAAACAGAGGCUUGUGGGGCCUCCCGGGUGGCGCAGUAGUUAAGGGUGCUGUACUGCAGAGUCAGCUGUGAGAGACUCUGGGUUCGCCCAGGCUCUGUAACCGGCGACCGGGAGGUCCGUGGGUCGUCCAGGUUAG